AUGGUUCAGCUUGAUAACCUUUGUUCUCUUCUCUUGCAGCGGCGAAUACGGCAUAUCAAGUCUUUGGCUGGCCGGAACAUUGCAGCAACCCAUGAGGACGAGGCAUUCCUGUCUACUGAUAAUGGCGAUGUGGACAUCGUGUCAACAUUUGUUGUAGCGAGUCGUUCCUCGAGUGCGGUGACAUCACGAGCAUCGUCGCCUUCUGCCCAAUGGGAUAACACGCCAUCGCGAUCCAAGAGUACAGCCUUGCAUCGACGCACGGGUUCUGUAGAGCCUCCUCCACCCCAUUUAUUGCCAGCAACGACUAUGCGACGUUCUGAGAGCUCUUCAUCGAUUAGCAGUACAACCGUUGAGGAUUCAUCCAUGACCAAGAGUGCAUACAAAAAGAAACAACGACGUCCCGAAUCAAUGAUAUCAACCACAGCAGCAUGUCCCGUCAUCAACAAUAGCAACAACACCUAUGGCAAAGGAUUGCUAGAUUGCUAUUAUACAUUGCACCUAUCAGCAGAGGAAAUGCCGUUUUAUCGCAGUGAAAUCAUCCCCAAUACCAUUGAUCCCACGUUUCGAGUAUUGGAUACAUCUCAAGGGUCGUCAUGGUAUGAUGGUGUCCAAACGGAGGUGGUCGUACGCCUAUGGGCUCGCCAUUCAUUUCCAGAGUCUGCUACUCAAACGGGAGAACAGCAUCAUGAUGCCACCAACAAAGCUGCAGAUGAUCAGGAUUUUGAACUCGUUAUCGAAUGGCACGUGGAUCUCAAUGCAUUGUCAUGGAUCGGUAAAGUGUUGCAAGAUAUUCCAGGCGCCUUCCCUGAAAACACGUUAUUAUUUGAAUUGGAUGAUGGUUUCUAUACCGCGCCAAAUAUUGUGUCCAAGCUCUUGGCCCAAAGCAAACGAUCGAGUUUAGCAGAGCCCUAUAACGACAUGGACCAAGCAAGUGUCAAUACUGAAAACUCAAUAAAUAAGAUAAAGCGAUCAUACACAUACGAUCAUCUCUUAAAGAUCAACACACUAAAGGCUUGCGUCUUUGAUACCCAACAAUCUGCAAAAGAAGUACAGCAAAAUAUGAAUGAUCUUUUAAUCAACGAAGCGGAUCGAUUCCGAUUGGUUCGCGAACGUAAUUCAAGGCAAUACAAGUUGGAAGGGAUUGAAGGACAAAUAGUAAAAAAGAAUACCGAGAUCCGAAGAGAUCGUCGACGCAUUGCCGAGUUACGUGAAACACUAGAGCGAAGGAAAUCCAAGUUGAAUGAAGCAACAGAACGAUUAAGGCUGGGACAACAGGAUUUACAAGAUAGCGAGGAGGUCUUGGAGCGCAGUGUACAAACGCAUCAACGAUUGUUUCACAAAUUGAAUCGACGUAAGAAGGAAUUGAUUGCCGAUCUAUUUUCUAUAUACCCUAUUGAACAGUCGCUCCAUGAUGUACAUCAGUUUUGCAUACGUGGUGUUUAUCUGCCCAACUCGGUUUAUACUGGCUGCAAUGACGAGUCUAUCGCUACGGCCCUUGGUUUUACUGCCCAUUUGGUAUCCAUGCUUGCAUUUUAUCUCAGUAUACCUUUACGUUACCCGAUUACCCCAAUGAGCUCUCGUGCCACCAUCAAGGAUCCUGUAUCAUCCAUUAAUGGACCCACGACUUUUCCUUUGUAUGCUAAAGGAGUUGAUCGAUACCGAUUCGAAUUUGGCGUGUUUCUUCUCAACAAGAACAUCGAGCAGCUGAUGAAUGCCUAUGGAUUGAUUGUGAUGGAUUUACGACAUACGCUUCCCAACAUUCAUUACUUUAUUCAAGCCAUUCUUACGACAUCAGAGUCAUCAGGUCCUACUUCAGUGUCAGUACUUUCUAUAUCCAAUUUUGCGAAUCAACAGCAUCCAACAUCUCGUCCUUCUUCUUGUACACCGCCUACAACGACUACGACCACUGAUAUGGAUGAUGAACGUAAAUCAAGCGAAUCUUUGACGAAUGGAUCAAUUCAAGUUCAGUCCUCACCACCCAAAUCCUCUUUUGAAAACGAUCAAUUACCCAAACAUCUCACACUACAACCCAUCAUUUCACCUGCGACACCAUCUCCUUCUACAUCUACCGCCUCCGUCACUUAUUCCAAAUUUAGCAGCUCUCCAAAACACCAUCAUCAUUUGGGUUCCCCGGUAGCUCUUGUCAGUGCAUCUCAAGCCAUGGCUGCUCCCCCUACUUUAGAUACAGUAACAACUACAUCAAAGUGGAAUUCAAAUGAUAAAAAGUAG